CCGGUCUCUUCCUCUCUUCAUAUAUCAGUAAGUUGGGAGAUAUCACUUCAAGUUGAGGCUUAGGCGAUGAGUUGCUGUUAGCCUUCUGGUAUAGCCACGCUCUUCCAAACUCGGCUAUGCCCUAUGCUCGGUUCCGUCUUUUUCUAUCUUCUUUUCCCCCAACUUAUACAAGGGCAAAGCCCAAUGCAGCCUCGCUGUUGUUGUGCAUUCUCCCUGUUCCGUGACAAUAAAUUUCUCAAUCCAAUUUCCUUCUGGUCUUCGCCGCAGUCUCAUAUUCGAUCAUCAUCAACCAUGAUGGCCAAACCAUAUGUUUUAACCGCCAUAGAGGUGCUUAAUCUACUUAAGAGCAACACUAUAACUGUUGAAGACUAUGCCUCCUCUCUCCUAGAACGCAUCAAGGAACGGGAUAGCAUUGUCCAAGCUUGGGCUUACCUCGAUCCAGCAUUCGUGUUAAGCCAAGCUCGAGCUCUGGAUCAGGUUCCGCAAGAACAGAGAGGGCCGCUGCAUGGGCUCGCAAUAGGCGUGAAAGAUAUCAUGAAUACUAAAGAUAUGCCCACCCAGUUUGGCUCUCCCAUUUACAAAGGGAACCAGCCUGGCUUUGAUUCAUCUGCCGUUGCCAUAUUACGAGCUGCUGGAGCCCUCAUUUUUGGCAAAACGACUACUACGGAAUUUACUGUAACUAACUCGGGAGGCGGGGAUUUUGGACCAAAUACUACUAAUCCCCAUGACCCGAAUCGCACUCCGGGUGGCUCCUCAAGUGGAUCCGCCGCGGCAGUAGCUGACUUACAAGUAACUGUUAGUCUUGGUGCACAAACUGGCGGUAGUAUUAUUCGUCCGGCAUCAUUCACCGGAGUGUACGCCAUGAAGCCAACAUACAACGCCAUCUCGCCUGAAGGCCAAAAGACCUUUUCCCCUACCUUUGAUACCUUUGGUUUCUUCGCCCGUAGUGUCGAUGAUCUGCAGCUACUCGCGGACGUCUUCGGUCUCAAGGAUGACAAGGUCCCGCGAGAAAUACCACUGACGCAAAUCAAGGUUGCUUUAAUCGAGACUCCGAUGUGGCCGUCGGCAGGACCUGGUACAAGAGAAGCCAUGGACGCGGCUGCGGGUAUUCUCCGAAACAAGGGCGUACAGGUCGAAAAGGUAGACCUUCCGUCCGAAGCCAAUGAUUUUAGUACCCUGAAGCGGAUACAGAAAGUCAUCACCGUCGGCGAAGCCCAAGUGGCCUUUUUCAGGGAAUAUGAGGUGAAUAAGACGAAUUUGUCGCCGGACGUUCGCGGUAUCGUCGAAAACACGUAUAACUACACCCAUAAGGAAGUCAUGGAAGCUACCGAUGCCUACGCCAGUAUGCGGCGCGCCGUUAAUAAGUUAGCGGAAGAUUAUUCGUUUAUCCUCGCGCCUAGCGUCGUAGAUGAAGCUCCAUUGGGACUUGACGAUAUGGGCAGCGCAGCCUUCAACACCCUCUGGACGGGAUUCCACAUGCCUGUCAUCAACGUGCCUGGAUUUUAUGGUGCCCAUGGUAUGCCAAUCAGCUUAUCUCUCGUAGCCCCUAGAUAUCAUGACCAGCAUCUCUUAAAGAUGAGUAAGGUUUUUAGUGAGCUUUUGGGUAAAAGUAACCCCUUGGGCGUAAAGGUACAGAUCUAAUCUUUUUGGAUCCUUUUGGAGAGCCGGUGAAGACCGGCCUUGAUGUCAAGGGUGUUAUUUCUCAUGUAUGGCACAUGUCAUAAAGUGGUAGUCGAGACUGGUCCAGAUUUUGGCGUGGGGUAAAGGAUGUUUAGGAUAAUAGGUUAUUUACGUACCUAGGUAUAGAUUGCAUAAUGAAGAAGACAAAUAUUUUCGGGUGUGUGAAAA